UUGGGUUAAAUUUUUUCGAAUCUUUCUCUUUAAAAAAAAAAUUUCCUAAAAAUUCAUCGAAAAUUUAAGAUGGCAUUAUCAUCAUCUACAUUGGCAUAUCGUUUUUCAUUGGCCGGUAGUGGUGGUGGUCUUCGUCUUUCAUUAAUCAACCGUUUUGUUAAUGGUGGUGGUAAUAGUAGCAGCAGCAUGGCAACAGCGAUAACGAAAUGCCAACCCCGGAUCGAAAAAAAUUCGAUUUCAUUGUUGAAACAUAGCGCCACCUUUAAUACUGCUACUAGCUAUAUUAAUGUUCGAUCGUUCCAUAAUAAUCAUCAUGUAACAGCUAUGCUGCCACCAUUUGGCCUUUCGGCUAAUAAAUCGAAUUUAUCGCCAAUUCACAGUGAUUGUUCGAUGGCAUUUUCUACUACUACUGCUGCUGCUUCUGCUUCUUCUACUAUUUCUAUAAGAAGUUGCUUUCAUCAACGAUCGCCAUUAAAUUCAUCGUCGACUUUGAUAUUGAAACAACAACAACAACGAUUAUUUGCCUUUAUAACGCCAACAUUUUGGUCCGAUUUUUUAGUUAAUAAUUCGAAUUUUAAUUCAACUUCGAUUCGACAAUUUUCUUCAACAACAUCUUCUAAUAACAAAACUACCAAUCAAUCAAUAAUGGCACUUCCGCGUGUUUAUUUUGAUGUUGCUGCCGAUAAUCAACCAUUAGGUCGCAUUGUUAUGGAGCUCCGUAGUGAUGUUGUACCGAAAACAGCCGAAAAUUUCCGCUGUUUAUGUACUGGUGAAAAAGGAUUUGGCUUUAAAUCAUCUUCGUUUCAUCGUAUCAUACCGAAUUUUAUGAUUCAAGGUGGUGAUUUUACCAAUCAUAAUGGUACUGGUGGUAAAUCUAUUUAUGGCAAUAAAUUUGCUGAUGAAAAUUUUACACUUCAACAUACUGGACCUGGUAUCUUGUCAAUGGCUAAUGCCGGACCAAACACUAAUGGUUCACAAUUUUUUCUUACAACUGUAAAAACAUCAUGGUUGGAUGGUAAACAUGUUGUUUUUGGUUCAGUUGUUGAUGGUAUGGAUAUUGUUAAAAAGAUCGAAAGCUAUGGAUCACAAUCUGGUAAACCAUCGAAAAAAGUGACCAUUUCUGAUUGUGGUCAACUUUAAAAUUGUUUUUUUUUCUUCUCUUCUUUGCUUUCAUUCAAUUUUCAAUGAACACAGCCAAUGAUUGACCAUUCUUAAAGAUUAAUUUUUUUUCUUUCUUUCAAAAAUAACACUUCCGCACAUUACAAAACACCACAAUUCGCAAAACCAGUCAAAAUUACACACACACACGAUUCAUACAAGUUUAUCACUUGUCACAAUUGAAACAAAAAAUUUGACACAAUUCUUGUUUUUCUCUUUCUCUCUUCAUAUUCGAAUGAAUUGAAAAUUCCAAAAUUUUUCCAUAGUUUGCUUUUUUUCAUUUCAUUUUUGUUUUCUACACUUUUUUUCAAAAUUAAAAAAAAAUUGCAAUUUUAAAUAAAAAUUUAGCCAAAAUUUGAAAUUUAAA